AUGUCUCGUCGUAGUUCAAUGUAUAGACCAAGGAAUUCUACCAUCCAUAGGCGUAGAUCCUUCAAUAUACAACAUGAUCCCUUUCCUAUAUUGGACUUCAAAGAAAUAAGUGUUUGUCUUCAAGAUUGUAAUUUUGUGGCAACUGAAGAAUUAGUUUCCAAACCCACAAGUCAAUACUUUAAAUCAUUGACAGAACAAUUCUUAGAUACAUUCAUGGCCAUAUCAGUUAAAGAUCUUGAAAAGAAAGCUUCUCAGAUAUCAGGUAAAGCUGAUCAACAUCCAAAUGGUAAUGAUGAUAUGGAAGGUGUGGAGAAUAACAAUGAUGAGGAAAAUAAAGAAAAUGAAAUAAAUGAAGAUAAUGAUACUACUUCAGCGUUAUCAACCAUUGUUCUCUUUAGAGCUGCCAAUAAAUUAUUUCAAAUAUGUGGAAUUGAUGAUUUCAAUUUAAUGGAUUUAAUGAAACCUGAACCAGUAAGAAUAAGGAGAAUAUUAAGUGCAGUAGUUAAUUUCGCUAGAUUUAGAGAGACAAAUUCUGUUGAUGUAGAUGAAAAGUUAUUAUCAGGAGAAUCCAUUCUAGAGAAAGUCAAAGCAAUUGAUGAUGAAAACACAACAAUACAAAACAAAAUAGAAGAAAUAACCAAUAUAUUGCAUAGAAGUCCAAGUGUUAAACAAGUCAACCUUUAUAAUUCGAAGAUUGAAGUAGAAUUCAAAAAAUUGAAAAAAUCUCAAGAUAAUUUUGGUAAUCAACAUGCACAAUACAAAUCAGAGAAACAGCGAUUGGUUCAAAGAAUAUCAGAACAACAAUAUUUACUUGAUGAAUUAACUGAAGAUAUUGAGAAAUUAAAAGAAUGUGAUCAAGUGGAUAUGAAUUCGCUUAAUAUUGAAAUCGAAGAAUUGAAAUCAAAAUAUCUUGAAGAACAAGACUUCCUCAAUAAUUUAGAAUUGAAACAAAAGAAUAUCUUCAUUGGUAUUGAAUCGUUGCAGAAAGUUGAUAGUGAUUUAAAUUCUUCCAUACGAGUAUUGAAUGAUAUCAUACACGAUAUUGGAGAGAUUGAAAGAUUAAACAAUGAUUUGACUAAAUAUCAAGAAAUUCUUAAUGAACUCGCUUCGAAAUCCAAUGAUUUAGAUAGAGAUAUUGAACAAUUUAAGAUUCAAAUAAGUUUAAAUGAACAAAAGAUUAAAAAAUUAAAUGAAGAAGCCGAAGAAGCCAAUCAAAAUCAUAUUCAAGUGGUUUCAGCUCUAAAUGUCAGAUACGAAGAAAACAUGAAAGAAGUUCAUAGAAUUGAUGUCCAACUGAUUCAUACAAGACAAGAAGUUGAAGCUAUUGAAAACGAAAUCUUAAAAACGAAAGAAGAUUUCAAAAGAGACAUGAGAGAACAUGAAUUUAUGAUGGCCAAGUUAAAUGACGGAAUUAGAGCUCAUUUGUCUGAAAUGAAUAGUAAAAUUUAA